AUGUUUGCACAAGGCAAAGUGAUUCAACCUACUCUCGAUCAACAGUUAGACCAACUUCUCGAUAAGGAUCCAAAGAUCACACCGAGAGCAGAAAUUUCCAGGGAUAACGAUCCAUCAAAACACCCUGGAAUUACGGUCCAAGCUACCAUCAGUUCAACUCAUCAUGAUCUACUCCCUGCAGCAACUGAGAUACCAACCAAUGUCAAUUCAGAUGAGCCAGAAGAUUUUGAUGACCAUAAUGAUACAGGCACCAAUUCGGAUGGGCUAGAGGAUUCCAACAACGAAGACAAUAUUAGCACCAAUUCCGAUGAGCCCGACUAUUCCAAGGACAUUGAGGUGGAGAAAGAUUCUGAAAUAUCAGCAAAUCCUAAUUCAAAGGAGCUAGAAGAGUUCAAUGAUCCUGCCGCUAUUGUCUCUAAAGAUAUUGAAUGGGCUGUUGAUGAGAAGCAAGGCCUAUUGGGUGCCAGGCGUCUUGGAGAGGAGUGGGAGUUUUUAACUCCUUUUGAGACGACAUUUGAACCAGAUCAUAAGCUGCUAAACUGUGAAGAGCUUAUACAGAAAUUCAAUGCCGACUAUGGUCCAUCUAAGCGGCUAGGAACAACUAGGUCUGUUGAGCCUAGAGACCCUGAAAAGGAAUCAAUCUAUCCUAUUGAUAAGGAAGGGUUUGUAGGGCGAGAAUAUGUUGAUGGAGAGUUACGGGAUUAA